AAGUAUGUGAACUACACUCACUACACGACCACUAUCUAUAGAGAGAGAGAACGGACUCAGUUUGGUUUUGUUCUGUUUACAAAUUAUACUGAAUUUGAUGCGGCCUGUUUCGCUACACAUUUUAGCCAAACAAAUUCAUUUUUCGGUUUUCCUUUCAAUUCAUUCCACGAAAUCCACGGAAGUUACUUAUCACUUACUUGAGACUUAAACAUAAAAUAAACAAAGCACUUAUUAAAAGAUGGACGGAGAGAAUCAAAUAACAAGUUUGAACAGCGUUCUUCAAGGACUAGAAUUAAAUCGUAUAACCUCAACCUUCACUGAACCCAUAGAUCACACCUUAAAGGUUCCUCAUGAAGUGUGGAUAAAGAUUGGAACCUAUCUAGACCCAGGGAGCCUUUGUAACCUCUCCGCUGUGAACUCCAGGUUCUACAAUAUCUGCCAGGAUCCUGUCCUGUGGACCAACAUUAGUAUUCUAGGAGAUGCAAUCUCAAGCACUAAAACAAUCAUAACUCUACUUAGACGAGCGUAUCUUCUAGUGGAUUUAUCUCUAAAAUGUCGGGAUGACAUUUCUGACCUACUUGCUGCUGUCGCGGAGCAUUGCAAAAAGAUUCGUAAACUUAAGGUUAGGUUCUGUCCCAUUCUAACCUACCUAGAUCUGAAGAAUUUAACAGAAAACUGUCUCGAGCUUGAAUAUCUAGAUCUCAAGUGUACAGGAUGCCUGAACCAAGAUGAAGAUAGACGUGUAAAUGACUGUUUUCGUUAUUAUUCUACUGGGACAAAUUGUUUCUCUGGGCUCUUGAAGAACUUCAAGAACUUGACUUAUCUGAACCUGUUCUCCUGUAAACCCCUGACUAAUAUUGGACUACAGGAGAUAGCAGAUGGGUGUACUAGUCUAACCAGUCUUAAUAUUGAUGAAGUGACCUACCUCUCAGAUACUAGUUUUAUUUAUUUUGUGGACAGUGUUAAGGAUAGAUUUCAGGAACUAUGGAUUGACGGAGAAACCUUCACAGACGCAGCUUUUUCUAAGCUCGGAGAGAUUAAGAAGCUCAGAGUUUUAUCCAUAUCAUUUGCGGACAGUAUGCAGUCUGCUGGUCUGAGGUCUAUAUCUCGUCUAUCCAACCUAGUCUGGUUAAAGGUGGGGAAAGGAAAACUCCAGUCUUCAGAUUUCGUUCAGAUGUUUUCCGACAUGAAACUCCAGAAGCUGAAACAUCUUGAUCUGUCUGAGUGUUCCAAGCUCUCCGACCUGGGUUUGAUCAUGAUCUCCUUGAACUGUUUAAAGCUGAAGAACCUUGUUCUGAGUUGGUGUUGGGAGUUGACAGACGUUGGGGUUCAUUCAGUUGUCCGACAUUGCUCACAGCUCUCCCAUUUAAACCUUUGUGGUGUAGUCAAGUUGUUAGGAGAGUUUCUUCGUGAUAUACCACGUAAGCUCCCGUACCUGGAGAGUUUAGACCUGGAACAGUGUCCUAACAUAGAACUCUCAGAUCUACAAGAUUUACUCAGGAAGAAUACUUAUCUCGUUAUUAAGGAGUACUACGGUGACCAGGUUCUCCCCAACUCGUCACUCCAGGAUAUAUUGAUGGAACAUCCAGGAAUUCAUUUCGUUUCCUUUGAUUCUGAGUCUGAGAAUGAUGAGAAGAGCAACGAGGAAGAAUAAAUACUUAGCUGCACAGAAAGAGCGCGUACAGAUUACAUUUUAAGGAGUCAAUAAUUCUAGCCUUAAUUUUCUGAUUCGUGAUUUAAGAACACCCGGAUACGAUUCUUCGUCGAACUCAUGGUUUCUUCCUCUUAAAGGUCUGUUGGUAAAGUUUCAAAUUACUCUCUUCAUAAUAUAAUGUCAGAUUGACAACGGUAUCUGUUAACCCUUAGUCUUCUAUUUGUAAAAGUAUAUUCUGACAGUUUC